AUGUCGCCCACCAUCGUAGAUUUGACCGUGGCAAGCCCCGCUGUGACAAGGGUAUCUGAGGAGCGGCAGGAGGAGACUGCACGUUUCGAGUCGCGCGAAGUCUCUUGCGUGUACCGGAAGAACAAAACUGAAGAUGAUGCGGAUCAGGAUCAAGAAGAAGACGAAGACGAAGAAGUCGGUACCGACACUAGAGAUGAUGAAGACGACAGCGAAGAUAGCGAUGACGCGAAUGGAGAAGAUGAUGGUGGUGAUAAAGAGGAAGAAGAGGACCGUCCCCACAUUUUCUCCAAUGGGGCUCCACUAAUUCAUGCCGACGGUGUCAAAAGGUUGCGAUCAAGGUCUGCAACCUGCACAAAUUGUUCGGAAGAAUUCGACGUGACAGACAAUGGAAAGGACAGCUGUGUAUGGCACCCCGGCGAACGAGAGCCUGACUAG